CCUGCGCCGGAAUGUUUUUGGCGGGCUCAUCCUCCUGUUUCCAUUAGGAAGCGGCGGCGUCUCAUGUAGCUGCUGCUUUCCAAUCAUCCUCAGCCUGGUACCGCUGCUUUGGCCCUUCAGCCACUGCGGGCUAACAGCUUUGGGAGCUAAAACGUUUUGCAGGAAUCUUUACUUCAGCACACAAUUUUGGCAGCAAGUAAAUCAGUUUCUCGUUAACUUCAGUUUCCCAUUUUUGUCAAGAAAAGCGAAGAUGAGGCGUGACAAGGACCGCUAUCGGGAAAGGGAUGACCGGCAUCGAGACAGGGACAGGGAGCGGGAGCGUGACAGGGACAUGAAUUCUCCGAGAGUGGCGAGCGGCCCACCUGUCGCAAGUUUUGAAUAUUUUAAGCAAUCUCCCAUUCAGCAGCAGAUAAACCCUUUUACCAACCUGCCUCACACGCCACGCUACUAUGAGAUCCUGAAGAAGCGCCUGCAGCUGCCGGUCUGGGAGUACAGGGAGAGGUUCACCGAGAUCCUGAUGCGGAACCAGUCUUUUGUGCUCGUGGGUGAGACGGGCUCUGGGAAGACAACACAGAUCCCUCAGUGGUGUGUCGACAUGGUGCGGUCACUCCAAGGACCAAAAAGAGCCGUGGCGUGCACCCAGCCCAGGAGGGUGGCGGCCAUGAGCGUGGCUCAGAGGGUUGCAGAUGAGAUGGAUGUCAUGUUGGGUCAAGAGGUGGGCUACUCCAUCAGAUUUGAGGACUGCAGCUCUGCCAAGACUGUGCUCAAGUACAUGACAGAUGGAAUGCUGCUGCGGGAGGCUAUGAAUGAUCCCCUGCUGGAGCGCUAUGGUGUCAUCAUUUUGGAUGAGGCCCACGAACGCACAUUAGCAACAGACAUCCUCAUGGGCGUCCUCAAAGAAAUAGUCCGCCAGAGGACCGACCUAAAGGUCAUCGUCAUGAGCGCAACACUUGAUGCAGGCAAGUUUCAAGUGUACUUUGACAACUGCCCACUGUUGACCAUCCCUGGACGCACGCACCCCGUGGAGAUUUUCUACACGCCAGAACCAGAGCGAGACUACCUGGAGGCGGCCAUCCGCACAGUGAUCCAGCUCCACAUGUGUGAGGAGGAGGAGGGUGACGUUCUGCUUUUCCUCACUGGACAAGAGGAAAUUGACGAAGCCUGCAAGCGAAUUAAGAGGGAGGUUGAGGACCUGGGGCCUGAAGUGGGCGAUAUGAAAAUCAUCCCCCUGUACUCAACAUUGCCUCCACAGCAGCAGCAGAGAAUUUUUGAGCCAUCCCCACCCAAUAAACCAAAUGGCGCCAUUGGAAGAAAGGUCGUCGUGUCAACAAACAUCGCUGAAACGUCCCUGACCAUAGACGGUGUGGUGUUUGUAAUUGAUCCUGGAUUUGCCAAGCAAAAGGUGUAUAAUCCACGUAUCAGAGUGGAAUCCCUUUUAGUCACAGCCGUCAGCAAAGCCUCAGCCCAGCAGAGGGCAGGUCGUGCUGGGCGAACACGGCCGGGAAAAUGUUUUCGCCUUUACACAGAGAAGGCUUACAAGACAGAAAUGCAGGACAAUACCUAUCCAGAGAUCCUGAGGUCUAAUCUCGGUACUGUGGUGCUGCAGUUGAAAAAACUGGGUAUUGAUGACCUGGUGCAUUUCGACUUCAUGGACCCUCCAGCCCCAGAGACCCUGAUGCGAGCCCUGGAGUUGCUGAACUUCCUGGCGGCCCUCAACGAUGACGGUGACCUUACUGAGCUAGGCGCCAUGAUGGCAGAGUUCCCCCUGGACCCCCAGCUCGCCAAGAUGGUCAUCGCCAGCUGUGAAUACAACUGUUCCAAUGAGAUUCUCACCAUCACUGCCAUGUUGUCAGUCCCACAGUGCUUCGUACGACCCACGGAGGCCAAGAAGGUGGCAGACGAGUCCAAGCUGCGCUUCGCCCACAUCGAUGGAGACCACCUGACGCUGCUUAACGUCUAUCACGCCUUUAAACAAAAUCAUGAAUCCACUCAGUGGUGCUACGAUAACUUUGUGAACUACCGCUCGCUGAUGUCUGCCGACAACGUGCGCCAGCAGCUGUCCAGGAUCAUGGAGCGCUUCAACCUGCCGCGAAGAAGCACCGAGUUCAGCAGCAGAGACUAUUACAUCAACAUCCGCCGAGCGCUGGUCACUGGCUUUUUCAUGCAGGUUGCUCAUCUGGAGCGCACGGGCCAUUACCUGACCGUGAAGGACAACCAGGUGGUGCAGCUGCACCCUUCCACCGUGCUGGACCACAAGCCCGAGUGGGUGCUGUACAACGAGUUUGUGCUCACCACCAAGAAUUACAUCCGCACGUGCACCGACGUCAAACCAGAGUGGCUGAUGAGAAUUGCGCCUCAGUACUACGACUUGGGCAACUUCCCCCAGUGUGAGGCCAGGCGGCAGCUGGAGCGCAUUUUUGCGAAGCUCUCGUCUAAGGAAUACACUCAGUAUUAAAUUGGGUCUGAUCCUCCUGCAGCACCGUCUUCAGUUUCUGAUCGAUUGUUCCGAGUUCUCCACCACAGCAGCUUGGUUUGACUUUUUCUAUUUUUUCCUCCUCAUCAGAUGCAUUUUCGCGACGGAGUAUUACGGGCACCAUGAAAGAAAAAAAAAUGAAUAUAUAAGGAUAAGGUCUAUAAAACUUAAAAGUCAAACAUUUACAAGAAUAAAACUGUAAAAUUAUGAGGAAAAGAGUCGAUAGUGAAAAAAAUGAGAAAUUUACGAUAAGUAA